AGGAUCUAAACGCUAGGCGCUUCCACGCUCGCUCGCUUCUUCGGUUGCUCGACGGCGUACGGUCGCACGCCCGGUGUUAAUACUUUUUAUCACUGAAAACGUUAACGCGGCAUUUGUAAUCUGUUGUUGUUGGAUUACUUUCUCAAAAACAUCCACAGUUUAUUUAACGUCAAUCGUUUAGUUUUUUUGUUCUCAAUUAAAGCCCGGCCUUAAAAAAAUUACAACAUAAUUUUUUGGGCUUUAAUCAGUUUGUUGUUCAGUAAACAGUAACACGUAACGUAUUCAAAUAAACGCGCGCCAAUCGGAGUGGUAAGAAGCGCCGUGUUGUUUUAAAAUAUAAUAAUUACUAUAUUUUCCCGCGUUUUUAGUUGGUUUUAAUAAGUGUCUCGUUUACGCGCGCGAAUCACGAGAACCUUUUUGAGUGUUUUACUGAUCGGAGUAGAUCAAGCACAUUUAUUUUAAAUUCAUCUAAAGUUUUGUAUUUUGAGUGAGAUAUUUUAGACAAUCGUGUCCGGAUUAAUUGCUGGAUACUAUUUACGGGCUUGUAACUGUAUAUAUACAUACAUAUAUAUAUAUUAUCAGCGGCCCCGCGUGCUCGACCGGCUACUUAAAGCCAAGGAGUAUUAUUCCCCCACCAUUACAGCACUACUAUCGACAACGACCUCAGCCCCCCUCAGAAAAGUUAGUUGUUACACAUCACGGAUCCGAGGAUGUAUAAUAACUCGUGCAUAGUGACAUCGUGAUCUUUGUAUAAUAUAUUUGGUGAUGAAUGAGUGAAUAAAUAAAUUUCGUCGCGUAUAAUUAUUAUUAUUAUUAUCAAUUAUUAAUUAUUAUUAUUGUCAUUAUUAUAUUUAUAUUUAUAUUGUUGUUGUUUUUUUAAUUUGAGCAACCCGACGACGUGUUGAGCUUGUCAAUGCGUUUGACAGGUAAUAAAUAUAUAUAUAAAUAUAUACCAGUACGGUGAUUAGUAGUGCGCGGGACAAGCGUUUAACGUGUGAUUUGUUAAAUGGAGUAAGUAAUGAGCUGCUCCAAAACGGUUUUAAAGCUAUAAUAGUACCAGCAUUAAUAUAUCAAUAUAAUUGUGUCGCAAGUAUUUUUAAAUAAAUAAAUAAUCAUAUCUACGGUCAGUGAAACAAAGUUUUCCGUGUGUUGAUGCCGUGAUACUGAGCUCUAUUUAUCGUGGUUAUUUAUCGGUAGAUUACUUAUUAAUUACGGACAGAACAGUGCGGAUAAAUAAAGUGAGCAAGGAUGAGACAGCACGGGAACACUGUUGAUAGUUCGUGCACGACGUACUGCUGACGUCGGCGGCCCUAAUCGCCGUCAGCAUUCACUGGGAGCAUUAUUGUUGAUUAAUUUUUGCAUCAACAAGACCAAGUCCUGGCAAGCCCGGUGGAGGGCGGAGAUCAACGCGGAAUAUCUGCCGCGAGGAUCUCACACGAGAUAAAAUUCACUGGCUCGACGAACCAAAUCCUCCUAAUUUUUAACGCCCGUUAUUUUUAAUCAUCUCUUAAAGUCUCAGUACAGUCGAUUAUAUAAAUAUCACCUUGUUCACUGGUGUUUUAUUUACGUAAAAAACAAAUAUUUUAAGUUAAGAACAGUACGGUGGGAAAUUAUUUAUUUAUUUAUACAAUACUACACUUAUUAAUAAAUACCAUUGUAUUGAGGGAAAAUAUUAAAUAGAGUAGUGUGCAGGAGAGUGUGUAGUGUGAAGUGAGACUCGUCGUUUAUUGUGAGAAAAUAUAGCUGCUACGGUGGCUCAGCACGCAGAGUUCCCCGGCGCGGCCAGGGCGUUCAUGGCGCAGCCAAGGUAUGAUGAUGGCGGGCUGCACGGGAAUUAUCUCGAGGGUGCUGGGGGUGGUGGGGGUGCAGGACUGUACGACCCACACGGAGCUGCUCGAGGUAUUUCAGCCCUACACCACAGUCCACACAUGGGUAUGGCAGGAGCACACCCCCAAUACCCACCACCUCCACCCCAACCACCUCAGCACGUUCUUGCAGCAGCAGCAGCAGCCGCCUCGCAAGUGCCUGAUGUUCACAAACGUGACAAAGACGCCAUUUAUGGACAUCCGCUGUUCCCAUUACUUGCAUUGAUAUUUGAAAAAUGUGAGUUGGCAACGUGCACACCACGAGAACCUGGAGUAGCGGGUGGUGAUGUUUGUUCGUCUGAAAGUUUCAAUGAGGAUAUUGCAGUCUUCUCUAAACAGAUCAGACAAGAGAAACCCUACUACAUUGCAGACCCGGAGGUGGAUUCGCUGAUGGUUCAAGCGAUCCAAGUCCUCCGGUUUCACCUCCUUGAGCUUGAAAAGGUACACGAGCUCUGCGACAACUUCUGCCACCGGUAUAUAAGCUGUCUGAAGGGUAAAAUGCCAAUAGAUUUGGUGAUCGACGACCGGGAGAGUUCGAAGCCACCAGAACUGGGUAACGGUCUGGACGGCGGACCAAGAAGUACAGCAGACAGCACAAGCCACACAGACGGUGCCAGUACACCAGACGUUAGGCCACCGUCCUCGUCACUUUCGUAUCCCGGCGCGGGCGCCAAUGACGACGCACGUAGUCCAGGAAGUGGUGGAACACCUGGACCUCUCAGUCAACAGGCACCCACUAGUUUGGACUCAUCCGAUCCUGACGCCAUGGGUAAAUGGUGUCCGCGUAGAGAAUGGAGUUCGCCACCAGAUGCCCAAAGAGCGGCAAGUGAUGCUGCGCGUCGCGGUGUCCUUUAUUCCUCGGUAUUUCUCGGCAGUCCUGGCGAUGCGAGUAAUGCGAGUAUCGGCAGUGGUGAAGGUACGGGUGAAGAAGACGAUGAUUCGUCGGGCAAGAAAAACCAAAAGAAGAGAGGCAUCUUCCCCAAAGUCGCCACCAACAUCCUCAGGGCGUGGCUAUUCCAACACCUCACGCAUCCAUAUCCCUCGGAAGAUCAAAAGAAACAGUUGGCUCAGGACACGGGGUUAACAAUUCUUCAAGUCAAUAAUUGGUUCAUUAACGCGAGACGCAGAAUUGUCCAGCCGAUGAUUGACCAGAGUAAUCGAGCUGUGUUUCCGCCUUUGUCCGCAGGUCCGAGCGGAGCUUACAGUCCAGAAGCUACAAUGGGUUACAUGAUGGACGGACAAGCGGCCAGCAUGAUGCACCGACCCCCUGGUGACCCCACCUUCCACAACCAGUAUCACUAUCCUCCAGAAUACUACGGCCAUCACUUAUAAAGUUGAACGCCUAGAUAAAUGGAGAAGCACCGUAAGCUAAAGUUAAAGAAACAACAAACAAAUAAAAUAAAAAAAAAACAAGUAAUGGGAUGAAACCUGGUAUCUAUCGAUCGACCGGAAAUGACGCACGUCUCGGGAGUUGGUUGCUUCAAUCGUGAAACUAAAAAGACCGACGAGAAAGCUUGAUGAAGAAUAAAAAAAAAAAAAAAAUUUAGUGAAAAAAAAAGCUAAAUAAUAAAAGUUUAAAUAAAGAAGAAAAAUAGUCAAGCCAAACUCGAUUUACCAGAUUCGAGAGAAUCGUAAACGAAUCUCCGCGACAAGAUGAAGUGGCAACGAGCGAGAAUCCGAAAUAAUAAAAAAAAAGUAAAAUAACAACAGCAACAACAAGUACUGGGUAGACUUUGUUGGUUGCUGUCGUUCCGAGUCGUAACAGAGGUAAAAAGAUACAUUCACUCUCAAAUGUACACAUGAACGGUACCUAACCGAAGAUAUACUCGUCUCUCAAUAAACGAUACGAGUUACCCAUCACUAUAAAAUGAAAGCAAGAACUUAAGGCAGACACUAAAAGGCGAAUCGAAAAUAAUAAAAUAUAACUUGCGGCCAAAGGUUUUAAGGAUUUUAAAAUAUAAAAUAAAAGUAAAUAAAUAAAUAAAGUGAUGUUCGGUUCCCGUGGAGGGAAAUAUUCAUGUGAUUGUUCUUUGUACAAAUAUUGCGGUGUAAUAUUGUAGUGAUUGAUGAUAUUAAAUGUUUAAUUUUAAUACUAUCGCAAUCGAGAGACUAUACAAUUAUAUAUAAAUAUAAAUAUAUAAAUAUAUAUAGGCAAUUAGCGGGCAUGUACAUUACCUGGUGUUCGCACGAGAUAUGUCUGCGCUCGUGGCUUCUGCGGCGCGAACGUCGCUCCGAGUGUUGGGUUGAUUUAUCUGAAAAAAUAAAUUUAAAAACAAUUAUUUAAUUAAUAAUUAUGAUUAUUAAUUAAUAAAUAAAUUAUUUAACAAAUACUCGGCGUGGAAGCAUCAAGAAAAUUUUCUUAAGAUUUAGAUCGAGCGUCGACAUUCUCAAGACUUAGGUGACAUUUAAAUUUGUACAGUUAUUAUUAAUAAUUUUAAUUAUUAUUAUUAUUAUGAAUAUUAAUAUUAUUAUUAUUAUAAUUAUUAUUGAUAAUAUUAAAUAAACCGAAGUAACUAUAAAUAUACAUAUAAAUGCGCUGAAUCCUCUCGUUGUAAUAUAUAUAAUGAAAAAAAAUAAAUAAUGAAUUAAAAAAAAGAGUAAUGGUUUUAAUAAGAGCGUUAAGUACGCUUGGGUAGAUUAAUAAAUGGAAUGAUUAAAAAAUAAUAAUAAUAUUAAUAAUAAUGAUAAAUAAAUGAACGAGGGUUUUGCGAUUAAGUAAUUGAUUAUAAAGUAAAGGCUAAAUGGGAAAAAAUAUAUUCUCGAUCGUCUCAGAGUCCGACUCAGCUAGACGAAUGCCACACUGCUCGUCCUAGAAAUAAUAAUAAAACAAAUAAAUAAAUAAAAUAAAAUAAAUAUGAUAAUUAAUUAAUAAAUUAAUUAUUGUAAUUUAACUUAUAAUAUAUUGUGUAUAAAUAGUUAAUUCAAAUUGAGCUCGAGGCAAGAUGAGGCAUCGACGAAUGAUAUUAAAUUAUAGAGAAUGACUUUUAAAAUUUAUAUUUACGAGAGAAUAUUAACAGAGAGAGGGAGAGAGAGUAAGAGUAAGAGUAAUAGUAAGAGUGUGAGUUAAAUGUUUAUUAAAUGAAGAGCAGUGUGUUAAUAAUUAUGUAUGCGGGUGAGUUGUGUGUGAAAGUAAAUUUAAUGAUUGAUGAUUGAUGAACACAUUAAUGAAUGUUUUGGCCGAAAUUUAUACGAGAACGUACAAAAGAUGAUUUAUUAUUCACGGACGAUCGAACGGAUAUUUUACGAAUUUAUGAAAAAAAAAUAAAUAAAAUAAAAUUUUGUUAAAUUUUAAAAUUAAUGUUCUAUUGGCAUUUAUAUGGUAGUAGAUACGGCAUAUUUACAUGAUUUUACUGAUGACUGUCAAAAAUAAAUAUAAGUGUUCGUCCACUAUAUAUCCGAUGAAUUUCCUACACUUGCCCAAUCACAAUCCGUUCCUUAUUAAUAUUAUUAUUAUUACUACUAUUAUUAUUAUUGUCCUUACGCAUCAGACUACUAUCAUCCCUUAUUCUCGCUUCACAAAGACGUCAGAGUAUUUGUGUAUUUAUGAAUUAAUAUAAUCAUCCAUAAAUUAUAAAGUACGUAAACUAAAAUUGUGAAGGAAUAUUUGGAUGUGUAAACUUAUUUAUUUAUUUAUUUAAUGCUGCGGAUAAUAAAUUGAUAGGAUUUUAUAAAUUUAAAAUGUGAAAUUUUUUAAUUUUUUUAAAUAGAUUUAUGCGUAAUUUGGCUCUGAUUGUCCCGAUGUAUAUUACUGUAUUUAAUUAUUAACCUCAAGUACUUUGCGCGGCGAGAUUAAAGGUCACUGAUAAACUAUAGAUAAAAAAAAUAAAUAAAUAUUUUAAAUACGCCUACACGACAGGAAUUAAUAGUGUAAAGUUUUAUUUAAAAAAUAUGAAUCAAUUAUAUAAAAUAUAUAUGUAUAUUUAAAUGUUUUCAAUACGCCGAUAGUUGAGUAGAGACGCGGUAAUUUAUUUAAAUUUAAAUUUAAAUUUAAUUUAAUAAAUAAACAUUUUAUUGAAACAAAAUAAAAAAAAUAAGUUAUCACUGUAUUUUAUUUGUCUACAUGGUUCUAUAUAUUUAUACACAUAUAUAGAUUCAUCUCAAUGAUAUUGAUAAUAAUGAUAAUAAUAAUAACGAUAUUAAUGCUGUGAGCUCUACAAAAUUACUCGGUGUUUUAGUAUACUAAACAAAUACCCACGUAUACUGAAAGACUCAGGUGCGAAUGUCUACAAUACCGUUCAAUGGUUUUUGAUUAAUUGGCGUUAAUCGUGUCCGUCGUUCGUGUCGUCAUCGUCAUUAUUGUGUAUGCCGAUUAAUCAUUCUUUACUAAUAACAAGUAAAAAAAUAAAAUUGACAUAAAUUUAAUUUAAAAAUAAUUAAAAAAAAGAAUUAAUUGAAAAAUAUCUAUUAAAUUUUUCAGACUUCCACUAAAGAAAAUUUUCCCAAAUUAAUUUUUAAUUCAAAAAUUACUACUAUUAUUAAAAAAGAAAAAAAAUAAAUCAAAAAAUAUUUAUUUUAUUUUUGAAACCCCUAAUAAAAUUUUUCCCAAAUUAACUUUUUUUUUAAAUAGAAUUUUUAAUUAAAAUUUUAUGUUAUAAACAAACAUGUGUCAAAAUUAUUUAUGAUAAGGAAAAUAAUGAAAUCAAUUAUUUAAGAUUUUAAAAGUGAUUGUAAAUUAAUGUACAAUGAAAGUAAAAAAUCAUAUUAUGGAACUUAAUCAGCGAGGACACAGUAAAUAAAUGGAAACAAAAUCAAUAAAAUUUUAAUUUAUAUUAGGUGAGUUAAUAAUAAUAGUAAGUAUCAUCUUAUUGUCAAGUGGAUAACAAGAGUGGCAUAAUAAUUUUUUACGAAUUGUAUUUGUUGAUCAGUAGAUUGUUUAAUUUUGUUGACAGUUCACUCUUUUAUGUACUUGUACAAUGACAUGAGACUGCUUAUUAAAUUAAUAAAUAAUUAUUUUACUAUUGUUUGAAUUGUUAAUCAUAUUUGUAUUUAUAUUUGUAAUAAUAAUAAAACUAUGUAUUGUAACAAAUGAAAUUCUCAUGUCACUGCAACUAAUCAUUUUAUUUAUAUAAAGCCAAUACUUGAUGAGUAUUUAGCUGUAAUUUUUUAUAUCGAAUGACUUCUUGAGAUUUAUUGUUAUUAGACUUAGCGAUCGAAUCUAGUUGAGUUACUAGUCUUCGAGAGUGCGUUGAUGGAUUUUGUGCAAUUGAUGCAGUGGUUUGGGAAUAUAUUUAAUGAGUUUUUAAAUUUUUAAAGAUCUCGAUAAAUAAAAUAGAAUAUGAUUAACAAAAUUUAAAUGUAAUAAAAAAAAUAAUUGUUAUGAUUUAAUAAAUAAUUUUGUCGGCAUACGCAAAGUGACGGUAAAAAAAUGUACGCUCGACACAUUGGCUGUUCGUUGAUAAGAAAAUGAGUUCAUACGAUUGAAUCAUCGCCUUAAAAAUGUAUACGAAAUAACAAGUAAGUUAUUCUAAGUAAUAAUCACGUUAGAGGGUUUUAAACAAAAGUAUAAAAACUAAAUCAAGUUUUUAUGCGCCGCGAUCUUGAGCGAACAGGCGAAAAUGCACAUGUAUAUGGAUGUAUGUAUGUAUGCAAGUAUGAAAAUAAUGUGUGAUGUAUAUGAGUGCGUAAUAAAUAUAAAAAAAAAAAAAUAUUUGCUUGAGAAUGAUUUAAAACCGUAAGCACGUGUAAGAGAUGAGAAAAAUAAUGUAUAAAUAAUUAUUGUAUAAUUACGAAUGAUGAUAAUAUGAUUAUGACGUUUAUGGUAAUGAUGAUAAUGAUAAUUAUUAUCGUUAUUGACACAAUGAUUAAUGAUAACGAUGAUGUAUAAUAAGCUAAAAUUUAUUGUAUCGGUAUGGAAUCAGAUUUUUUCCACUGUUUGCGCAUUGAUGACUAUUGACACCUAAGUAAAAAAAAAUGGCAAA